AUGCAGCACAGGUUCUUCUCCCAACAACAACAACUCAACUAUCAUCCAAAGCCUCCCUCAAGGCUUCUGUAUCCAACUCUCUUCCUCUCCCAACCCCAAAGACUGCAACUCUCUCAAGCCAACAACACGACACGCCAUCAUCACAACAACAUCACAACCAUCACUAACAUCAGCAAGCCAUUCAACAUCAGUGGGAGAUUGAACAUCAAAGCCGAUCUCAGGGGAAAGCGCCAGAUUCUUCCCAGAGCCGAAAUUAUGGCAUCUCCAACAACCCCUACUCAGCAGGGCCAGGCAGAGAGAUCUGGUGCUCAUAAGCGUAAGAGGUCUGCCAGAGAUCGCGACGAAGAUGGAGAGGCCCAAGGCCAGGCAAGACGGGCAACAGGACAGAAUGUGAAUCAGCAGCCUGUUGUCAUUGAUCUUUUGAGGGGUGCAGAGCCUGCGGUGGGUGUCGUAGAAGAUCGAGCACGAUUCAAUUUCGGCACCAAACCUAGCAUGCGGAAAAGCAAGGUACUUUCCUUCGUCCGGGCGCAUGGCAAGGAAAUUAUCUUAAGACAGGCUAGUAUCGUCCUCGACAAUGGAGUCGAAGCUAGGCUUAAGGAGCUUGAGGUCCUGAUCACCAAUGAGUCCAAGGCCAAUAUUUUGAGUCGGUGCAAGGAAGAUUGGGAGCGUGUAUUCAAGAAAUGCGUGAAGGGGGUUCAAGCGGAGGUCGACGAACUCGAGGCGAUGUACGCGAGUCUGAGAUGGGUAGGCCAAGAGGAGAAAUUUGCCUUACACAUUCUCGAUCCGAAGAAGCGGGACUUGAGCCAGGCUCUAACUGAUGCCAGAGAGAUGGCUGCUCUCAUCCAGUUCCUGCACGACAACUAG